AGAGAAACGGACCACGUACGGGAAGUCGGAGGGAAAAUCAGCUGGAAUCUGCGGAAAUCAUCUACAGGAAUAUUUGCCUUAACUUGGCGAGCUAUCCACCCUGUCAACUUGUGUUUUUAAUUCCCUUCCCCUUCGCUGUCUAAACGCCACACGGUGAUGUCGGAGUCAUACGAUUUCCUGUUUAAAUUCCUGGUGAUUGGGAAUGCUGGAACGGGCAAGUCCUGUCUGCUGCACCAGUUCAUAGAGAAGAGAUUUAAGGAUGAAUCCAAUCACACAAUUGGAGUAGAGUUUGGCUCUAAGAUCAUCAAUGUUGUCAACAAAAUGGUCAAACUGCAGAUUUGGGACACUGCAGGACAAGAAAGGUUCAGGUCUGUGACUAGGAGUUACUACAGAGGAGCAGCAGGAGCCUUGCUUGUUUAUGAUAUCACGAGUCGAGAGACCUACAACGCUCUGACCACAUGGCUGAGUGAUGCCAGGAUGCUGGCCAGUCAGAACAUCGUCAUCAUCCUUUGUGGAAACAAGAAGGACCUGGACGCGGACAGAGAGGUCACGUUCCUGGAGGCUUCACGCUUCGCUCAGGAGAACGAGCUAAUGUUCCUGGAGACCAGCGCUCUAACAGGAGAGAACGUUGAAGAGGCCUUUGUACAGUGCGCUCGGAAAAUCCUCAACAAGAUAGAGUCAGGGGAGCUGGAUCCAGAGAGGAUGGGUUCAGGUAUCCAGUACGGCGACGCGGCAUUACGACAGCUCCGUUCUCCUCGCCGUGCUCAGCCACAGGGCACCCAGGAGUGUGGCUGCUAGUGGACGCGCUCAGUGGCGCACACAGACGAGGUGAAAGGGCCAUGGUGUUGGACUGUGUGUGCAUUGCAUAAGAUGAGGAUUUUAAUUCGUACCCCGAUGAUGAGUAAUAAAAGGUGUUCAUGAGUCAAAAUUGCUCAUGCGACCUCGCUCUGUCCCCAAACGCGGCGAAAUGAUUUUUUUUUGUGCCCCCCCUGUUUGUGCGUUGAUCAGUGGGUUUGUGAAGACCAGGAGAAGAACAGCCAUGGCGGGGACCCAGACUUCACGUUGCUUUACUGGGGACUCCUCUCUGACCUUUGACAUCAAUCUCCAGAAUGUUUGUAGUCCUGGCUCCUCCUCCUACUAGCCCCCUUCAAAAAUCUGAGCAUCUCCAAGGUAACCAGAACGCCCCCACCACCCCCCUCCCCCUUGCUCAGCAUUUUGCUCCGCUGUUGGAUCAGACCUUUCCUAGCCUACCAAUCAGGAUGUGCAUUACUGACGAGUACGUACCUUUCCUCCUCCACCUUUCUACUUAUUUGCCCUCACACCUGGUGACUUCCCUGCUUACUUUUAUCCAUUGUCAAUGUUCCCUUAUACAUUCCAUUUUCAAUACACGCACACACACACACCAGUGUGUAGAAUUCAGGAGGAUCUAUAUGAUUUUAACCUCAAAGCUAGAUCCAACUAAAUCCUACAUAGAGGUCCCCUUUUAAUGGAAAAGUUUACAUUUUUGAUUAUGUAUUAAUUGCCUCCAAUAAUGUGUUAAUAAGCCGUCUUAAGUCAUUGGUCCGGGGAUUUUGGACCUAGCUGGUCCUCUUCUUUAACUCCUGUCCCCAGAUUAAUACUUGACACAUUGACAUUUGGUAUCAAUUUUAUCACAGAACUUUUUUUAAAUGUACGACAAUUUCCUUGUCCACGUGCAUAUAAAAAAAAAAAACACUCCCGUACUAUGAAACUUCUCUUUGCUGCCCCAUUGCUCUGAUUACCUGUUAACUUCCUGUUUCUAACACACCACAAACCAUUUGAUACAUUUCGCACUCCGUCUCCUCUGUUGCCCCGCAGCAUCAUGUACACCUUUUCUGUUUAUUGAGACUCACGCAUGUUUUCUCAAACAGAAUAUCAGAGUAUUUCAUUAUGAAGAGAUAUUAUAUGUAUAUUAAAGUUGAUGUCAUAUCCAGCAUUGGUUUUAUGCUCCACUGUGUUAUUAUGUUAAGCCACAAUACACUGGCAGGGUGUAAGCAGUAUUAAUGGACAGUACUGUUUGCACCAAUUAUGUUUAUUAUGGACUUAUGUUUGAAAGGGUAAAUGUUGUUUUAUCAUCGUCAAGCACACAGAUUAAACAAAAAUAUAUGUAUGGAUAUAUCAUGAGCAAUCAAGUGUGACAUGUCUUUACAGUGGCAUGUCCAGCAUUCACCAUUCAUUCAAAUGACUUGUGUGACUCUUUACCUAAAAGUUUGCAGUAAUGACUGAUCCCUGUAAUUCAUAAAUGAUGGCUGUUUACAUGAAUGCCUCGCUGCCAGCUGUGGAUUAACACUAACUGAAUGCAUUUCAAGUUUUAGCCGUAGUAUGAAACUAUCUGAUGUGUGUUUUGAUUGUUAUUUGUCUCCAAAGAUCCUUGAUGUUCUGUUCAGCCACAUGAAGCUCUCAACACAAAACAAUUUAAAUGGGGAAUGUUUUGAAGAAUCAGAUUUAAAGUGUUUUGUAGAGGUGUAUUCAAACAUUACCACAACACAUUUGUUUCUAAUAUUGACAGUUAUGCAUUAACCAUUUCAAUCGAGCACACUUGAAAAAUAUUUAAGAUUAGAAUUAAUCGGAGAGUGGCUUUGGCUGCUCUGCAUCAGGUUGCCGUCUUGUGUUUGUCAUCAACUUCUUGGUCUCUUUAUGUUAAUUCUUUUUUCCUCUUCAUUAUGAAUAUCAUGGAUAUUUUAUUUAUUGUGUAUAAUAAAAGCCUAUGUUUUUAAAAUAAAUAAUACAGCAAAUGCA